CCGGGGUUCUCCGUGAAAUCCAACGUGGGGACUUCUCUCCUGCUGUCAUGUGCUCUUUAAUUCUACCAACAACGGACUUAAUGUCCACUGCGGAGAGCCAAAUGGAAAACAACGGCCCGGAAGAGGCGCUGAAAUGGACCAAAAGAAAGAUGGCUCUUUCCAACUGCGGUGUGUGUGGCUCAGGAGAGGCGAAGUACAGAUGUCCAGCCUGUCUGAGCAAUUCUUGCAGCCUGCCGUGUGUGAAGAAACACAAGGGCGAAACGGGAUGCAGUGGAGUCCGGAAUAAAACUGCCUUUGUGACCCUCUCGGAAUUUGAUGAAAUUGCACUUCUCAAUGACUACAGGCUUCUGGAGGAUACAGGGCGGUUUGCUGGCGGAGCCACCAGAGACAAACUCAUCCGAACUCCUCGGUCCACUUUCAGAGCAAAGAGACUGGCAGCCCACGCCAGUAAGAUGAGCCUCACGUUGAGGUUCCUCCCCAUCGCCUUCACGAGGAGCAAAGAGAACUCCACUGUCUUCUUCGCCAAAGAGAAUCUGUUCCUGUGGCACCUGAAGCUCGUCUUCCCUCAGAGCGCCACCGAGUUCAGUCAGAGGAGGGUGUCCGAGAGGCAAACCCUGGAGCAGAUCUUGACCCCCUACAUCCACCCCACGGAGUCGGACCCCGUGACGCGCCAAAAGUUGAAGAUGUACGUGCGCUCUCCGUUCGAUCACGUGAAGGUCUUCAUGAAAGCAGAGGGGAGGAAGGCCAACUCUGUCCGAAGCAGCCAGAGCCUUGUGACAAUGGCAUCAGCACCACAGGGAGCCGCACGGUACCACGAGUUGGACAUUUGCAAGACCCUGAAGGAGAACCUGAGCUACAAGACCCUCAUCGAGUACCCCGUGCUGCACGUUGUACUCGCAGAUCAUUGGAAGGAGUUCCCACCAAAAGGAACAGCUGAACCCGCCUGCAAAAGUUUGGGAUCAAAGGCGAAAGAGGAGGAGGAGGGGCUGGACCGAGGCGAGGAGGGUGCCGUCCGAGUUUCACCGUCCCUACACGGAGCUCGCAACCCUCCCGGGGGAACCGACACCUGGGCCGCAACCCCGGAGACUCGAAGUCCACGAGAGAAACGGGCCGAGGGUGAAGAGGCGGGGAAAGGAGACCGAGAGGAGGGCGAGCUCACGGACAGUAGUGACGAAGAGGAGGAGGAGGAGGGAAACGGUCCGUGCGUGGAGGUAAACAAAGAGCAACUAAAAGACGGUGCCGCCGAAGACGGUGGUGAUUAACACGGUGACCAGUGUGUGUGAGAACAUUCCGGCUUUCCUUCUGACGACAAUUGAAAACACACAAAAACGCCGCGAGACACGUGCCAGUUCCUAUCCAUCGCUGUCGUCACGGGAACGAGUCCCGGCUCCCGCCGCCGACAGCCGGCGGGCGGGACGGGACGAUGCCCAGACGGCAACGGGUGAGAAAUGAACGCGGGGGCAUCCAUUCGUGACAGGAAGUCAUCGAUCACGUGACGGGAGACGGCGACAAAGGGUUCUCCGUUGUGUCUGGGAAACAAACGGCGGUCGCUACUGAUGCAUCAUGGGAGAUGGAAUCAAGUCAACCUUAAUGUUCAUCUGUUUUCUGUUUUUUUUAUGUGUAUUACUGAGGCAGACGCAGCAAAAAUCUGAUGUAAACUCCUCUUUAUGUUUGAGUUCAGGCCGGCUUUAAACCCGCCGCCUCAUAAUGGAGAUUUUGAAUCCUCUUCAUUAGACUUCAUCUGUUCAUCACGACCACGGGGAGCGAGGAAACGGACCCGGAGGCUGAUUGGUUCUCUCAUGAUCCUUUUGAAAAAAUAAAUUUAACCUUCAAAUUUACGAACAUCUUUUACCCUUUAAACCUCCAGAAAAUUAUUGGAAUUUAUAUUGUUUCCCAAGUUUAAUUGUCAGGUACUUUAUGUUUGUUUGUUGACGACCUAAACAGCCCUUUAAAUAAAAAACAAUAAUACCCAACCAAAACCAAAAUUUGUAAAAUGUUGAUAUUUCUUACUUGUUUUACAAAGCAAAGAAAAUUAUGUAAAUCAUUUUUUUAAAGAUGUUAAAAAUUGAAUGGGGUCAAAUUGACCCCAAAGGUAACAGGAGGGUUAAACGCUUCCUCGGCGUUUAUCUAAAAAGCUCAAUUAAUGAAUUAAAUCUUGUUCUACAGCGAACAAAUUAAUGCAUUUAUUUGAUUUUGCAUCUCCUGCUCCUCUGUGUGUGUUCCGCUGCGUAGGAUCCGUGUGAAGUCUUGAAAACCGCUUCAUAAAAGCUCUGAUCGUAAAGCUCGGCGGGAAAAGAGGCGGCUUGGUUACGCGUCUCUCUUUUGACCGUUUUAAAAACAUUUUUUUAUUGAAGUCUCGUUUGUUUUCCACCGGCUAAUAAAAGUUCACGUCGACACGCUCGUGUGUUGUUGUUUUUCUCUCCACCCCCCCGCCCGCCUGACACCACCGGGUGUCUCUCUCCCUCGUGUGAACGUCGUGCCUCGACGCUCCGCUUAUACUCUGACCUCAUGUUGGUUUAUGACGCCGACGGAGCGCCUCAUCGGGGGGCCCGUGUGUGUGUGUGUGUGUUUCGAGGUGUGUUUUUAUAACAUCUGCUAACCUCCUUUUUGGAUGUUAACCCCUGUGGACUAGAACCCAUCCCGGCCCUUUGAUGUCUGGGCCUGUGAUGACGCAGGAGGCGUUGAGCUCACAUCUGACUGCGCACCCCUCCGGCAAAGGGAGGUCACACACACACACGCACACACCCCUCACCCCGUUCCUCCGUGUCAUUUUAAUAUCCAUGCUCAGGUUUUCGUGACGUUUGCUGUAUUGACAUCAGCGGCCACAAAGCGGCGCUUAUUUUUCGACAAAUGUUAAGGCUUCGUACGGUCAUGGAAAACCUGGAGAAGUCAUGGAAUUUUAAAAUGGUCAUUUCCAGGCCUGGAAAAGUCAUGGAAAAAACGUAAAUCAUAAAAGUUUUGGAAAAGUCAUGGAAAUGUGUUAUAAUCACAUGUUCUUUUACGCCGAGUUUGAAAUAAUUAAUAUGUUUUUUAAAGAAAGACGCUCAAAAUAUAAGCCGGCGUACGCUCUCAAUACGCACAAUGUUCUAAAUUGUUCAUGUUUAUACCGAGAUUUCAGUUUGGUCAUGGAAAUUUGGUUUAAAGUCAUGAAAUAGUCGUGAAAUAGUCAUGGAAAUCCAUUGGUCAAAAUGUGUAAGAACCCUGAAUGUUGUUUGAUGCAGCGUUUUCCUCGCAUCUCGUGUACAAUUUGUGGAAAUAUGUACAAAAAUGGGCUGUCAAAUUAGGAUCAUGCAAAGACGUUAUUUAAUAGUUUAACAUUCAGGGGAUAUACACUACCGUUCAAAAGUUUGGGGUCACGUAGAAAUGUCCUUAUUUAUCAAAGUAGAACUCUUUUUUUUCAUUGAAUACAACAUUAAAUGAAUCAUAAACACUCUAGAUAGUUAAUGUGUUUAAUGAAGUCUCUACAGAGGUGUGUAGAGGCCCAUCUCCAGUGUUCUAAUGAUACAUUGUGUUAUCGCCUUAGAAGACUAGCGGAGGGGUAGAAAACCCUUGAAAACCAUUUUUAUGUGAGCGCAGCUGAAAACAGUUAUGCUGGUGAGAGAAGCUAUAAAACUGGCCUUCCUUUGAGCCACAAGAAGAACAACAUGAAUAUUUACAAUAAACAUUAUUUCUCACCUCGUCAAUGUCUUAACUAUAUUUUAUAUUCAUUUUGCAAUUAAUUUGAUGAAUUGUGAGUUUUCAUGGAAAACACAAUUGUCAGCGUGACCCCAACAUUUUGAACGGUAGUGUGUGCCACAAUUAGAUUAGAAGAGUGGUAUAUCACUCUUUUGAAGCCGAGCCGACAGUCAACUGUUGGAUAACUUGCCGAGCAAAAAAAAAAAACCGGGAAAGGAGGAAACCGCUGUAUUAAUCGACUACCGAUUCAAAAAUCUCUUCACACUGCUUUGAUAUGGCGUAGCCACGGUUUGCCCUGUGAUGUCAUCGACGUGACCACGUGACACGAAAAAACAUCUGUUCCUUUUCGUUGUCAUGGCGUCGCCUGUUGUUGUAUUACCACACAUUUAUUUUAGCAGGUCCCUUAAUUAUUUUUUUUUAAAUCUCAAUAAAGAUCCCACAUGAAGAG